AACCUGCGCCGAGAACACACCUAUGUUCCAAUGUUUUAGUGUGUCAUCAGCAACGCUUUAUUGCGAGUUGUUUAAUUUACAGUUAGUGUCCUAAUUACAGGAUAAAUCGUUAAAAUGGCACAAAAAAGGUCCCUGUGGUUUUAUUUUGCCGUUAUCCUGGUUAUUUUGAGCACACUGACUCAAGAAACCGAAGCCAGGCGAAAAAUUCUCCGAGGAAGGCGUGUUAUGACGCGUACUUACUAUCGUGGUAAUGCUGUUCCUGCUUGGGCAAUCAGUCUGAUGGCUGGUAUCGGCAUGCUGCUCAUUGGCGGAGUAUUGUACGUGGUUAUGAGGAAAAUUGUUCUUUCUUCAGAGACUGGAUCUUUGAACACGUACCAACCAGCUAUGCAGCAGGAUGUUUGAGCUGCAUACUAAAUCUAGUUUAUAUUUUUUUUAAUGUUAAGUUCCGAACUUCGAGCCAUGAAAAGUCGAAACGAACGAUAUAAUUCUUUGUUUUUAAUUUUAUGAAACUAAUAUCUAAGACAAAGACUAGAUUUCAAGUACCUCUACUCUCUCUACAGUUGCACAGCAAAUUCAUUUUCAGCAAAUGGUGUAAGAAAUUGUUCUGUUCUUGUCAUAGCUAAUGACUAGAAUAGACGUUUUGAAGAUAUCCAUGUAUUCCACCUAAUUUAGUUUUAUUGUUAUUUUAUAAUUAUAUUAUUUGCAGACGAUUUGUUCUGAUGUCAUGAUUUAGAUGUGUUUUUUUUUUUAAUAAUAAAAACUUAUAAGAUAUUAUUAUAAUUUA